CGGAGCGCCCGGUGCGCGGUGCAAAGAGUGAGAGACAAGUGUGAGAAGAAAGAGGAGAAGAAGAAGAGAGACAGUAGGGAACGUGUGCAGCCCUCUGUACUAAUGGACCAUAAGGAUAUUUAACCAUUUGCCCGGGGAGCGCACAGACACCGCAGUCCAUGCCUCUGCCUUGCCAGGUCAUUGAUGGGAAAUCAACUGGAUCGGAUCACCCACCUCAACUACAGCGAGCUGCCCACGGGGGAUCCGUCCGGGCUGGAGAAGGACGAGCUUCGGGUCGGCGUCGCCUACUUCUUCUCUGACGAAGAGGAGGAGGUGGACGACCGCACUCCGUCUGACUGCGGCUUCACCAAGGACCACAGCCCGGCCGAGGAGGGACCCUUCUCGGUCAGCGAGGUGGAGUACUCCGCCUUCUGCGCGCAGGAAUGCAUCUUCUCCAAGCUGCGGGAGAACGAGGACUUGAACGUGUACUCGGCCAAAACUUUGCUGACUAUGUGCAAACCGGGGGACCUGCUGGAGCUCGUGGCCACCGCGCAAGCCCCCCACUGGGCCAUCUACGAGCAGGACGACCAGGUGAUUCAUCUGCACAAGGGCGAGAUCCGCAAGGACAGCCUGCUUGAGAUCAGCAGCGGCCGCCACGGGAGGAUAGUGAACAAUCGUUACCGGUACCGACCGCUGCCUUCUGACCUGGUGAUGCAGAACGCGGUGGGACACCUGGGCCUGAGCAGCGAGGAGAUAUGCUGGACCAACUCGGAAAGUUUCGCAGCUUGGUGCCGCUUUGGGAAACGGGAGUUCAAAGCGGGGGGAGAGGCGCACUCUGCGGAGCAGCAGUAUUUCCUCAAAGUGCAUCUGUCCGGCAGCGGGGUGCACACUCUGGUCUUUCGCAGCCUGGAGGACAUGAUCCGGGAGAGGAGGAGAGUGGACGCCAGUGGAAUUCUCAAAGAGCUGUCUUUGGUUAACGGGGGCAAGGAGUGAUCAGGGAUUCCGUUUGAUAUCCUCUCCUAUACCCUCCUCCUCCUCCUCUCGCCCCCAUCUCCCGCUGCGCACGGACGCACAGUUUUGCGCACACACAAGCACACACACACAUGCAAAAGGACCUGUUGGUUUUGGACUGUUUGUUACGGAUGGAUGGACCUGCGUCUGGACCCGAGGCGCUCUGUGGAAAUUCCAUCAAAUUGUGUUGAAAACUGAGAGAGAGCGGCCAUACAAACAGACAACGCCCCUUCAGAUCCAGAAUUCGUGCUGAGUGGGACACACGAUUUCUGCUAAAAACCCACCCCCACCCCCCCCCCCCCGACCCGAAUCACCUUUACAGACCGCACAUAGCGCACACGGCUCGGUUUGGUUUUCUGUUUAAUUUCUUGGGAUAAUGGAAUUGGCCCCCUCUCGGCGUAUAGGGCGCCUGCUGCGGCAGACCAGACGGUGAGAGAUGGUGGGGGUAAAAAGAAAAAGAUGAAAGAUAGGAUCUGGGAUGGCUCUCGAAAAGUCUCCCUUCUAUUUUUUUACUGUUAGCUUUAAAAGGACUGACCAUAACACAGAUCCACUAAUUCAAAGACCUCUGAUAGUCCCCAGUUGGCUACGCAGUUGCCUAAACAAAGCAUUUGGCUUGUUCAAGCUCCCCCUUUUUUGCCAUAACAAGAGUAUUGUCAUUCUCACAAUGCUGUCAUCCUGCUCCACAGCACUGGAUGUAUGUGUAAAUUGUAUUCAUACAUUGAUUUGAAUUUGAGUCCCUUAUUUUUGUAUUUAAGUUUAGUGGAUUUAAUCUUUUUUGGUUCAAAAUAAAUGGAGGUUGAAAUAUGAAAAAGAAGCUCUUGGUCUGGCAGGUGUUGUUUUGGUCACAGGUAAUUUCCUACAUACAAACAGCAUAAUCGCUCUCUCACUCUCACUCUCACACACAUGCAGCAUAUAUGAAUUAUUAAUGUUCCAGUACCUCCUGACCUGCCUGAAGCCAA